AACUUUCCAAAGUUUUACCUUUCAAUAAAAUAAGUUGAAUAUUUAUUGGAUAGUAUCUAUAGUUUACUUAGCUGUUCACUGCCUCUUUAUUUUGUCCUACUAUUAGAUUACGCAGUAUACCCUUUUUUAGUUAUUUGAAGGUAUAUUUUAGAUCAGGAUUGGCAUUUUGGCCCACCUGCUUUUUGUAAAUAAACUUUUAAAUGAAUACAACCAUGCCCAGUUGUGUACCUACUGUCUAUUGCUACUUUGCCCUAAAACAGUGGAGUUGAGUAGUUGCAAGAAACACAUAUGGCUGGUGAGUUUGAAAUGUUUGCUCUCUGGCCCUUUAGGAAGAGCUUGUUGACCACUGUUUUCAUCAGUGAUUCUCAAAGUGUGGUCCCAAGACUUUAGCAAUACCUGGGAACUUGUUAGAAAUGCAAAUUCUUGGGCCAGCUCCAGAAAUCUGGGGAUUGGAACCAGUAAAUUGUGAUUUAAGAAGCCUUCUACAUGACUCCGAUGCGCAUUAAAAGUUUAAGAAACUGUUCUAGAUAAGUGUUUCCCAAAUGUUAGUCACGCAUACCACUUCGACUAUUUUUUACCCUGUUUUCUGUUUGUUUAGUAUUUUCUUCAUGUCAACUCACUUUCUAAAAAUUUAAUUGUAAAAUGAAAAUUUAUGUCAUCAGGAAAAAACAGAGCAACAUGGUAUUUUAAGAGAUAACUUAGACUCAACAACAACAAAAAAUGAUAGCUUAGUCUCUGUUGUCACACGUGCUAAACAUUAGAACUUGUUAGAUGUUAAGCACCAGAUGGACUUCAUCCUGUACUUUUAAUCAUGAUAAAUAAUCACUAAAUGAUUCAGUGGUGUUUAAAAUGUUGGUGAAAUCCUGUUGGUGAGAUCAGAUAACACCUAAAAUCAUCUUCUGUAUAAAUCUCAUACUUUGGAAAAUGCUGUUAUAGUUAUUCAUGUGAAAGAAAAAGCUGUUUGAACUGUACAUACGCAAGCCCUGAAGUAGAAAUGAAUGACCAGAAGAAAUACAUACCUGUGAGAUGGAGAGAUCUAGGAGUCUCUAGAGAGGUUCAUCUAGCCCGACAGGGUGAAAUUACCUCAUUUAUCUUGAAUUCUCACCUCUCUAAUAGCGUUUUGGCCUGUGGUAGCCAGCAGUUCUGCAGGAUUUCACCAAGCUGUUUCACAAUGGGAAUGUGAAAAGGUGCCUGGCUGUGGGAAAGGCUACUUACAAAGGAUAACCCCUAGACUAUAAACUAUGGGGGAGGUGUCUGUGGUUUUAUGUUGUGGAUAGGGGAACAGCAGGACAUGCUUGCUAGGAAAAUGGUUGAUUCAACUCAGAUUCUGGAAACCAUGCGUUCAUAUUUUGAGAAAUUCCCAUGUUAUUUAAUUUGCCUGAUAGUAUUAAAGGGAUACUGCCCUAGACAUGGUGUUCUGUGUAUUUACUGGCUGAUGUGCUUUAGGGUAUAGUAAUUGUUGAUAGGAAUAGAAUCUUUCUUUUCCUGAAUACCCCCAGGUUGCUGAGUUGCUUUAGUUACUUCUUCCUUUCCUUAGAGAUUAUGGACACAUUUGUUUCUGUUGUCUUUUGUCUCUGCAAUAAAGUAGUGACGUAGGACACUAAUCUUAGAGGGACUGAAAGUCUAGUGGGGAAUGAAGGUUUACACAUGAGCAGUUAUGUUUAAGUGAUAAAUUCUGUGAUGCUGAUUAUAGGGGUCUAAUUUUGCAAAAACUGUUAAAAAAUACAAAAGACUAUCAAAACACCUAUAGGAGGGAACAAAUAUUAUUUUGUAUAUUUUCUUCAAAUUAAAAACAAAACAUUACAAACGAAGUCCCUCUGUUCCCCUUCACAGUCACAGUCUUUUCCCCACAGGCAAUCCUUGUGAAUUUGAUGUGUAUUCAACAUGACACAGUAUUUCUGCUGUGUCCUUUCAGUAGUCGUAAGGCUCAGUCUCCUUCAUGGUAAUCUCUGUUUUUCAUUUUAACUUUCUUUAUCAUUGAGUUGUCUGUCACUUCUGUCCUUUGAUAUUCUCAUUUCUUUUCCUUAAUUAUUUCUUCACUAUUUUUUGAUUUGGGGAGGCUCUGCUUAGCUUUUAUAGCUAUAGCCAACUGAUGAGAAUUUGUCUUUUUUGGUAAAUCAGCCAAUCACUUUCUCUUUGGUUCUUUUCAGCUAUUUCUUCAUAGCCAGAGAUAGCUUUCAUUACUUCUAAUUUUGUGUAGAGAAAGUUCUGGAUGAUAGAAGGCACCAGAUAUCCCCAGUACAAGUGUUACUGUAUCAGAAUUGCAGCUCUGCAAAGUAAGUAUCAAAAUAGAAAAUUUAGCAGGCUGCAACUUUUUAAUAACUGACUUUCCUUUAUGACAUAUAUUAUAAAACAAAUUCUAUAUAAUCUGCUUUUAGAACUUAAUUUUUAGGUAACAGUUUAUUCAUGCUUUUCUAAUGUAUUUCUUUAAAAGGAGAAACAUGUUGAUAUAUUUCCCACAGCAUAUAUUCCACCACCACCCCUGCCAGUGGCCAAGACUAUGCUUGUGUAAUGAGAGAAGAUAGUUGUGGCGAAGGGUGGAAUAGAGAGCCCUUGGAAUGUAGCUACUUUAGUGUUCCUGUUCUCACAUUUCCAUCACCAUUCUGUUAGCUCUUAAAUAUCCUGUAAGCUUUUUCACCUAAUAGCAAGGCUGUUCCCCUGUCUCAUUCCUUAUAAUUUUGUUACAUGGAUUUUCAUAGACAAGUAGGCUGGUAGAUUUUUUAAAAAGUUAUUUUAGCAUUAUUAAUCUUUGAUUAUAUUCAGUAAGAAUGAACUUGUUCUAGCAAUUUCUACAAUGAGCAUUGCAGUUUUUAAGUAUUAGGCUUGUCUUGGGGCUUCUGAUAGGGUAAUAGUAGUACCUAUUUGUAAUUAUAAACCUAUAGGGCCCUAUGGGAAGAUUAAGAGGGAUAGUCUUUCUGAGCCAUAUAGGACCCUUAUUUUUGCAUUUUUCUGGGGGAAAGGAAAUUUUCUACUAACUUGGUAUGACUUUAUAAGUUCUGUUAGGUAGAAGAGACUUGAUUUGGAAGGGACAGUGCCACAAUUGGUUUUUCCCACUGCCACCUUUGUCUGAGUACUCUUUCUUUCUUUAUGUAAUAAAUACAUUACUGCAAAGUUUGACAUGUAUCACGUCGUGUUAACUGUUGCAAAGCACCUAUAGUCAUAAUAUGUUAAAACAUGGUAGUGAGUCCUUUUACAAAAGAAAUGCUGUAUUUUGAGCUGUAUAACUAUGCAGUGCUUUAAACUAAGUAUAUUGACAAUUACCUGGAGUAAUAGAUUUUUUUUUAAGAAUCAUUACAAAUGAGUUCUUAGAGAUGAGCUUUAGGCUGAAUUCUAAAGGAACAGCAAAGGUAGGUGGGAGAAGUUAGAGUUGAUGAGAAACUUUGAGAAGAGUGUAAAAGUAAUCCCAUUGGUUUUUCAGUGUAGCAGUCACUGUGCAGCAUUUUACCUCUGAAGACGACGGUUUCCUGGGACAGGGCAAGUGUCUUCCUGCCCUGUGCUAGACUAGAAAUUGGCCACCGGUCUUUAUAUAGUUUCUGUGUUACUAUGUGGACUGAGUAGCUGAUAUAUUAUAAGAAGCGGUAAUAAGAGGGUGAAACAUUUCUCUGCAUUUGAUGAUUCAGAAGGCACAGGGUAAUGAGGAACUUUAAGCUAUCGGUUAUACACCUUUUUUUCUUGCUCUGCUUUCCUUUCACUGAAGGGGUAUGGAUUUUAUUUCAGAGGGAAUGUGCCUUUCCUGUCUUAAGCCAGUGAUGACACUUGGCCCCUAACAAGUGUACCUGUGGGGAGGGCUUUCAUUGUUAUAUUGGAGAAUAUGGGAGGGCUUUCCCUCUCUUGACCCCAUUUAUAAGCUAGGGGUUGCUUCCAUUUGCUUUGUGUGCUGUUGAGUUUUCUUCUGUUUCCCUAAGCUAAGCUCUAAGCUAAUUCUAUAUAAAAGAAAUACUAAUUAGUUGUUAUUAUAAAUUGCUUGCCAUUAAUGCCUGAUAAUAUGCAGUAAAAUAAGGAUUCCGCAUACCAUUAUAUAUGUCAAAUAUUACAAAGUUUAAGGUUCUUUUAAUUACAAUACUAAACUCAGUUCACUUUUGCUUAGCCUUCACAGUUGUUGAUCACAUAGCAUGGUCAUCCACUCACAGCUUAAAAAAAUACAGGGAGCAUCGGAGAGAAUGGGAGAUACUACCCGUCAACGAAUCAAAUUCAGUGAUGACAGAGUAUGCAAGAGUCACCUUCUCAACUGUUGUCCCCAUGAUGUCCUCUCUGGAACUAGAAUGGAUCUUGGAGAAUGCCUGAAAGUUCAUGACUUGGCUUUAAGAGCAGAUUAUGAAAUUGCAUCCAAAGAACAAGAUUUUUUCUUUGAACUUGAUGCUAUGGAUCAUCUUCAGUCAUUCAUUGCAGAUUGUGAUCGAAGAACAGAAGUGGCUAAGAAAAGAUUAGCAGAAACUCAAGAAGAGAUUAGUGCUGAAGUGGCAGCAAAGGCAGAACGUGUUCACGAGUUAAAUGAAGAAAUUGGUAAGUUGUUGGCCAAGGUGGAACAACUAGGAGCUGAAGGAAAUGUGGAAGAAUCCCAGAAAGUAAUGGAUGAAGUAGAGAAAGCACGGGCAAAGAAAAGAGAAGCAGAGGAAGUUUAUCGGAAUUCUAUGCCAGCUUCCAGUUUCCAGCAACAGAAACUUCGAGUCUGUGAAGUCUGCUCUGCCUAUUUAGGUCUUCAUGAUAAUGAUAGACGAUUGGCUGAUCAUUUUGGGGGUAAACUGCACCUGGGAUUUAUUGAAAUAAGAGAGAAGCUUGAAGAAUUAAAGAGAGUUGUAGCUGAGAAACAGGAGAAAAGAAAUCAGGAACGCCUGAAACGAAGAGAAGAAAGGGAGAGAGAAGAAAGAGAGAAGCUGAGGAGGUCUCGAUCACAUAGCAAGAAUCCCAAAAGGUCUAGGUCCAGAGAACAUCGCAGACAUCGGUCUCGCUCCAUGUCACGGGAGCGGAAGAGGAGAACUCGAUCCAAAUCUCGGGAGAAACGCCAUCGCCACAGAUCGCGCUCUAGCAGCCGCAGCCGCAGCCGCAGCCACCAGCGAAGUGGGCACAGUUCUAGAGACAGGAGCAGAGAGCGAUCCAGGAGGAGAUCCUCAAAAGAAAGAUUCAGAGACCAAGACUUAGCAUCACGUGACAGAGACAGGAAUUCAAGAGACAGAUCACCUCGUGACAGAGAUCGAAAAGAUAAGAAGCGGUCCUAUGAGAGCGCUAAUGGCAGAUCAGAAGACAGGAGGAGCUCUGAAGAGCGCGAAGCAGGGGAGAUAUAAUUAGCUGUGUACAUAUCCUCAAUCCUUAAGCUUCCUAUGGAGUUACAUACUAUUGUUUAGUUUACAGCUGUUGGGGGUAACAGUGAGCAGUUCCAGACUCCGAUCCAAAUAGGCUAGAUGCACAGUAUCUAACUUGAUCUGAACUGAACGUGUUUCCCUGAUGAAGCCUAAAACUACAUCCAUAGUUUCUGGUGAACCUGUAAUGCUAUUCUGAAAGUACAGUUUUAUAUAAUAAGAUGCCGAUAUCUUUAUUCUUUCUAGUAGGAGUGAUAGUGAACGAAUUGUGUUGCUUGCCUUGGGAUUUUUUGAACAUUUGUAAAGUGCUGUCUUCCUUUCUAGUCCACAAACAACAGCUUUCAGAAUUUCUUUUUAAUUCUUCUUCCUCUGACUUUUGUAUCCCCUAAUACCUCCACCCUCUAAUUAUAAGAGAAAGGGGGAGCAGGGAAGUAAUAUAACUUCUGUUCUGAGGUUCUGUUCCCAUUUAUUACUAGCUGAUUACAGAGCAUUUAUACUGGAAAGUAUGCUGGAGAAAUUUAAAUACUGAGAGUUUUGUUUUCUUUUACGGUGCCUAUUUAGAGUUGGAAGUUGAACAGCUGUUGCAUUACAUACUUCGCUUUUUUAUUGAAAUUUUGAAAUCAAACAUGUCUUGAUUUUUCUGUUCUAUUGAAUUGCUAUGUUCAGGAUGUUUUGGAAAGGGGGUGGGGGCAGGGACUCUUUCAUAAGCACUUGUUUUUUUGUUUGUGUGUGUGUGGAGUAUAAAGGCUACAACCUUAUUGUAAAAAUUAAUAAAAUGAAACAAUCACCACCACCAUCAUUAUACUGUAACUUGUCUAGUAAAUUGUCACUAGAACUAUUUGCUGUGGGCAUUUCUUCUAUUAUAUCAUUAUCAGUGCCUUUACUGUGCAAGGCACCAAAGGAAAUAAACAUGUACUUGCCAAGAUGAACUGUUGCUCCACCUGGGCCCCUUGCUGACUGUAUUCCAGCUACUUCAGGGCUGUCUCUAACAACUGCUAUGGAGAAGGACCAGACCUGCAAAAGAAAUUGGGUUUUUCUGGGUUUUUUUUUUCCUUUCAGCCAACUAAAAUAAAAACAUGGUGUAAUCGA